UUUAGACCCCUCUAAAACGAAACGAACACACCCUGAGUUUAUGUGGAAAAGGGAGCAAAUUGGACUAAGCACUGGCCAGUGCUGGAGGAGACUUGAAACUUGGGCGAAUCUCAUCCAGCACACGGCAACCGCAGUUGCUGCAAAAUGGAAGUUAUAUAUCUCUGUCCAGAUUUUCUCUUUAAUAAUACAAAGAUGCGCAGUCCAAAACCACAAGGCUAAGCUGCAUAAAAGACGAAACUACGGUGCACCAGCAGUUUUCAGUCUCUCGGAGACUUCAGCUCUUCCGCCAUAGAUCCCUGCUACAGCUAUCAAUAGCUACUAUGGACCAAACUACAAAACUUGAGCAACAUGUAGCUACCGCAAAGCUGCUAGACCAAACAAAUAAAUUCAAAAAAACGAGGACUAAAACGCUUGAGAGGAGAGGAAGACCGGUCAAAUGGCUACCCACCUUCCUUCCAACCUGUUUAGUUUGGAGGGACUUGUUAUAAGUCUGUAAGUCUCUCGUAUCACUCUCUUAUAUGGAAGGAUAUAUUAUAAGCUCAAAGUAGUAUUUGAUUGUAGUAGUUUAUAAAAAGUCGCUAUAGUUGGUAAUGACUUUUCUAUUCCUCAUUAAUACACCCGUAGUUGAGGGAGAUAAGGAUAGUGAGAGAAAAAGAGGGGAUGUUUUGAUGAGAUCUAUAGAAAAUAAGCUCUAUAAGCAUCUUUUGGAGGGGCUUAUAGACUUGUAGAACUUAUGGGCUCCCUUCAUAUUUGAAUAAAAAUAAAUUUAUUAAAAAUUUAUUGGUACAACUUAUAAUAAAUCCCUCCAAAGCACCGUAUUCUCAUGCAUAUCCCGUUCCACUCAUUGUCCAGUUCCCUGACCAAACUCCGAAAUCCAAUCUACUCCGCCGCAGCCAGUCUGCCUUAUCUCCUCCAUCCCCCAUCCGCUAUGCACCAGCUCCUGCUGCUGCUGCUCGCUUAUUCCUUCCUCCUCCCGCCGCCGGCGGCCAGCGCGGCGCAGCCGUCAAGCUGCUGGCCGAAGACAUGCGGGAGCCUGAACAUCACCUACCCGUUCUGGGUGGAGGAGCCGGGCCGGCCGCCGUGCGGGCCGCCGGCAUUCCAGCUCAAGUGCAACAGCAGCGGCGCGUUCCUGAGCCGCUCCAGCUACCAGGCGUAUCGGGUGGAAAGCAUCUUCCCCAAGAACCGGUCCCUACAUGUGGUGGACUUCAACCUGCCGCUCGCCACCGGCUGCCCCGCGCCGAUUUUCAACGUCUCGAUCGUGUCCCGGCCACUCUUCUUCAGCAAAGCCAACAAGGAGCUGCUCUUCCUCGGGAAGUGCACGGAGUCCCAACCGGAGCCUUCGGCUGGGUUUCACAGCCUGCCCUGCGACAGCUCCUCCUUCGUCCGGCUCGGCGACGGCCGGAAUUUCUCGAGCAGCCACGUCCAGGGCGGCAUCCCGCCGAGCUGCUUCUUCGCUUUUGUACCGGUUCUUGUGGCUCCCCAGGGGAAUGGCGCCGAGUACAUCGCCAGCUUGAGGAAGGGGUUUCUCCUGGAGUGGACAGAGGUGCCCGGGAAUUGCCCGGGGUGCAUUGCAAGCGGCGGGGAAUGCGCGUACGGCGACAACGGGCUGACCUUCGCCUGCAAAUGCUCCGGCAGCUUGCGCCCUGAGAAGUGCGGUACCAACGGGACUGGCAAAAAGAUAAUACUAAUAGUUUUGAUGUCAGUAGCUGCAAGCUUGCUCCUACUGUGUAUAUAUGUGCUGGCAUGCCAUAGAAAGAGGGGGAAACUAUGUUUUUUCCUAUGCAAAAAGACUAGCAGCAGCACUGAAAGGAACAUUGAGGCCCUAAUAGUAUCACAUGGGUCCCUAGCUCCAAAAAGAUACAAGUACUCAGAAGUAACAAAGAUAACAUCUUCUCUAAAUGAUAAGCUUGGGGAAGGUGGUUAUGGCAUGGUUUUGAAAGGAAGGCUAGAUGACAGUCGUCUAGUUGCUGUGAAAUUCUUGCAUGACUCCAAAGGUGAAGGAGAGGAGUUUGUGAAUGAGGUUAUGAGCAUCGGCAGGACCUCUCAUGUUAAUAUUGUUAGCUUAUUUGGAUUUUGUUUGGAAGGCUCGAAACGGGCCCUAAUAUAUGAGUUCAUGCCCAAUGGUUCUUUGGAUAAGUACAUAUAUUCAGACAAUCCUAAAGCAGUUUUAGGAUGGGAAAAACUAUAUACAAUAGCAAUUGGGAUUGCUCGAGGAUUGGAAUACUUGCACCAUAGUUGUAAUACACGCAUUAUCCAUUUUGAUAUCAAGCCCCAAAAUAUCCUUCUAGAUCAGAAUUUUCACCCGAAAAUUGCUGAUUUUGGUUUGGCUAAAUUGUGUCGUACCAAGGAGAGCAAGCUUUCUAUGACUGGUGCUAGAGGAACAGUUGGGUUUAUUGCUCCUGAAGUGCAUUCUCGAACCUUUGGAGUUGUUUCAACAAAAUCAGAUGUUUAUAGUUAUGGAAUGAUGUUACUAGAGAUGGUUGGAGGGAGGAAAAAUGUGAAUUCAGUGGCUCAAAAAUCAAGUGAAAAUUAUUUUCCACAUUGGAUUUAUGACCACUUUGGUCAUGACGAUGGAUUACAAGCAUGUGAAGUCUCAAGUCAAAAUGAAGGAAUAGCUAGGAAGAUGAGUAUGAUUGGCCUGUGGUGCAUCCAAAUAUUACCAAUGCAUCGCCCUACCAUAACAAAGGUUUUGGAAAUGUUUGAGAGAGGUUUAGAUGAACUGGACAUGCCACCAAGGCAAAACUUCAGUGAAAUACUCCUGGAUCCACUUCACAGUUUGAAUGCAGAAAGCAUGAGUUCCAGCAGUGGUACCAAAACACAAGUGCUUAGUGAAGUGCUAAGGAUGGAGGAGAUAAGCAAUGUGAAUUCAAAAACCUUACGGCAGUUACCAACUCUAUGAAAUGACUAUAUAGCAUUGGAAUUAGGCAGUAAACUUUUCUAUCCAUAUGAGUUGAAAUCUGAAGUUGCUGUGAUACUUGUUUCAAAGGAAACAGGAAAGGCUUCAGAGCUACUAUAAUAUUUUACAGUCAUAGUCAUCAAGCCCGGAAGAGGGUGCUAUCUUAUCCAAGUAUGGAUACAACAUUUUGGACAUAAUCCUAACAUAUCUAUAAUUUUUUUAGUUAACUAGAGCUUGUAAUUAUUCUUCA